UUCUCUUUUUUCUUUUUUUUUUUCCUUCUUUAUUCUUUAUUCUGAACAAUGAGAUUGUCAUUGACGGUCGUGCUGGUUGUCGCAGCGCUGUCUGCGGUGGCGGUGAGCGCAGCGUCGUCGUCGCACAAGUACGCCAAGCAGCAGCAGCAGAAGCAGCAGCAGGAGCAGCAGGAGCAGGACGCUGCCUUCCUGGAAGGGCUCAGCGGGGCGUUUGGCAUGGGUUCGUCCAUCCGCCGAGCGCUUGCGACUGCGGUGCCCAACCCCGCGAUCAAGUACAUUGUUGUGCUGAUGGAAGAGAACCGCUCGUUCGACGAGAUGCUCGGCUGGCUGAAGGAGACCAACCCUGCGAUUGAGGGCCUGACUGGCACCGAGUCCAACCCCUACAACACUUCGGAUCCGCUGUCGCAGCGCGUCGUCGUCAACAAGUUUGCAAAGUACUCGGACUCGGACCCCGACCACGGCACCGACGCCACGACCGAGCAGGUCUUUGGCCGCGGACCCCAGAAUGUCAACAUUGCCCCUAUGGAUGGCUUUGUCGAGAACGCUGAGAGCGUCCUGAAGGGCAUGGGCUACGAGGUCAUGAGCUGCUUCACCCCCGAUUCUGCCCCAGUCAUUUCGACCCUGGCCACCGAGUUUGCCCUGUUUGACCACUACUUUGCCGCUGUUCCCGGCCCGACCCAGGUCAACCGCAUGUACCUGCACUCGGCCACGUCGCAUGGCGCCGCCUACAACGACGACGAGCAGAUGGUUCUUGGCUACCCGCAGAAGACCAUCUUCAAGUCGCUCUCCGAGAGCAAGGUCGACUGGGGUGUGUACUUUGGCGAUAUUCCCGGAACUCUCCUGUUCAGCGACAUGCGCUCGCCCGAGGCUCUGAGCCGUUACCACGACAUGGAGUUCUUCGAAGAACACAUCAAGGCCGAGAAGCUUCCUCGCUACACCUUCAUUGAGCCGCGCUACUUUGAGAUCGAGGGCAUUCCUGCCAACGACCAGCACCCCUCGCACAGCGUUGCUGACGGUGAGAAGCUCAUGAAGCGCAUCUAUGAAGCCCUUCGCAACUCUGCCAUCUGGAACGAAACGCUGUUCAUCAUCACCUAUGACGAGCACGGUGGCUUCUACGACCACUUCCCGACUCCCCUCGAAGGCAUCCCCAACCCGGACGGCAUCAUCUCCACUAACCCUGCCUUCAACUUCACUCGCCUCGGCGUUCGUGUUCCGUUUGUGGCCAUCUCUCCCUGGAUUCCCAAGGGCAUGCUCGUCAAGAACCCCGUCAACGCCACGUACUUUGAGCACUCGUCGCUCCCUGCCACCCUCAAGAAGUGGUUCAACCUUCCCAACUUCCUGACCAAGCGCGAUGCCUGGGCGACCGAUUACACUGACAUUACCUCGUACCUCUCGGAGCCGCGCACUGACUGCCCCACCACGCUGCCUAGCCCGCCCGUCCUGGAAUCCUUCCACGGACGCCCCAUCACGGGCCUGAACAAGCUCUCGCAUUUGCAGGAAGAGUUCAUCCGUCUUGCUGCUUUCAUGCAUGGCGAAACUGUUGACACUGAGGGCUGGAAUGAAGCCCAGGGCCACGCCUUCGUGACCGAGCGUGUCGCCAAGUUCCUCAACGCUGCCAACUAAGCAGUCCAUGCACUGCAAUGUCUGGUGCCGCUGCAUGAUGUUCAUUCAUUUCUCAAAGAAAUGACUCGCAGCUUUGUCUUGAUGUGUUCCUCUCUCUUUGAAUGUUGAUAUCUUUGACUUUUUUUUUCAAGAGUGUUCGGUUCAAUUUCAU